UGACACUACCGACCUGUUAUUGGCCGAGUUUUAAAUAGGUCGGGGAAUUCCCCUCUUGUGCUUUCCCACAACUACAACAACAAGGUUAGCACCGAUCGGUCGUUUUCACGUUCAAGUUCUUUAUUACGUAGAUCAGUAGGCUAUGGCGGAGAAAGAGCAACAUGCAACACGUGGAGAGAGUUUGACAGAAGAGUUACCGGCGCAUCUACACACGAUGGAGGAGGAGUUAACACGCCUAGAGGAGGCACUUUUCGAUUUGGAGAGUUACUUGACGCAUGAUGAAGAACACCUUGAGAGGUUACACGAGAUGAGCAAACAUAUUAUAUCAAAGAUCAGACGUGAGAUGUCCGACAUUAAAGAUGAGAUCGACAGAUUGUCCAGUCCGCCAAAGUCGUAUUGCAGUCCUCCAACUUUGCUGAAGACUGAUGAUAUUUUUCAAGAUGUUGAAAACGCAAACCAGCUGGCUUCCAUAAGCUUGAGACAUCAGUCCACGGAGGAGUACAAAAGUCAAGUACUGAAGAAAAUAAACGAAGCGUUUUUCCUCUAUAUUCAACUACGGUCUCACUUGCUUGACAUCCAUUAUAGACAUAGUCUUAACCGAUAUGGUUACAUGAGUGGAAUGACGUUGUCCGCCAAAGAGGUGAAAGCUCAAAAAAGCAGCCUGGAGAAGGAAAUGCGAAACAUCAGUAUAGUCAUAAACAAGCAAGGUAACACAACCGUAUCGUUCGCGUUGAAUGCCAAUCCCACAAAAGAAGAUGUCCAAAAGGAAGAAACCUGUUUGCCCAUUAAAAAACCAGACGAACUAAAAGACACGUCAAAGACCGAAUCACGUACAGACGAGACUGAAUCACGUACAGACGAGACCAGUAGUGCAGAACAACAGAGUGUCGCCAUGGGCAACAGACCUUCUGUCCGUCAGGAACCGACUCUGAUGUCUGCAAACAUCACACUGAAAUCAGACGACCCGGAUGAAGAUGACGCCGUCAUCUUGAAGAGGUUCAUGGAUCAGAAAGACUUGAUAGAGACGAUUCUGAAGAAAUAUGGUCUUGUACUAUGCGGCAUAGAACAAGGAUCUGUGAUUCUGCGAGUGAUUGGAACACAACAAGACAUAACGAGUCUCUCUAACUCCCCUGUGAUGUCACAGCUGAUGGCAGAUUUAAACAGACUGUCAAGAGACAGUUUCACCAUAGAGCUGGAAAUUAAAAAUUCUACAGAACAACAAACGUCCAUCUUUGGUGAGAUUGUGAACUGUCAGGUUGGCGAUCAGUGCAAAAUGGUCGUCAAAAACUGCCAAUCAGGAGAGGAGCGUGUUGAAAGAAUGGCUUCUGAGCCCAGCAUAAAGAUUCUGUAUGAAUCAAACGAAUCGAAAAUGAUUUUUGAAUCUGGAGACUGUGACGUUCGGCGGAAAGUCUGGCAAACUUUGUUUGCCCUGGUUCCUGACGAUGCCAGAGUUCAGAAGAAACCCGACAGCAUUGAAGUACAGCUAAAAGCACCUACAGGUCAAACUGUGUAUAACAUCACCAGGUCUAUUGUGGACAAUCCUGUGAUUAAAGAUCUUAUCAGGGGAGGACAGCUGAACGUACAGAUAAUCGUUAACUACAAGAAAACUGAUGUGCGUAUCCAUGGUAACAUUGUGAACUGUCAGGUGGGAGAAGGAUGCACCAUGACGGUUACACAGCAUACAGAUGACGGUGACGAUGAUGAUGGCGAGGACACUGAUGACGAUGAUGUUAAGUCACCUGACUACACAGCAGAAAACGACGACGUGGCUACAACCAACGUACCUACAGAAAGCGACAACAUCGCAACAUGUAGUGAUAUCCCAGAUAGAGUUAACUCGGCGAGUUCUUCAGCUGGGGAAAAUGUUGAAAUACAAACCGACCAAUCACUACAGAGACGUGUAAAGAGAAAGACGGACCAGCCGCUGGAUCGUAUCAGUGAGAAACCCCCUACCAAGAAAACUCUUUACCAUGAACCGAGUCCAAGAACAACAGACAUCUGAUUGAUCAUCGUGGAAAGACAACUGGAAAUAACACAAUCACAAACAGUUCCUGCACGUUUGUAACUCUCUCACACCUCACACACACACAGAGAGAGAGAGAGAGAGAGAGAGAGAGAGAGAGAGAGAGAGAGAGAGAGAGAGAGAGAGAGAGAGAGAGAGAGAGAGAGAGAGAGAGAGAGAGAGAGAGAGAGAGAGACGUAGAUCAGAUACACACAGACAGAAAGAGGCAGAAACACAAAAAGUGACAGAGAGGAAACAAAAACCGACAACACGAUGAUUAAUAACACAAUUGCGGGAUGUACGUCUUGCAGUUAUUAUUUUUAAGAAUAAAAACCGAGUGAAUGGAAUUGUUA